AUGGCGACCUUCGAAGAUUUCGAGUUCGUGCAAUUCGAUCAAGACUCUGAUCUUGAAUCCCUCUGGGAAUUCAUCGACAUCUCCGACGCCGACUCCGCCACCGACCACUCCGACGUCACAAUCGCCACCACUCCAAUCGCUUCGCCAGCGACCGACCCGACCCGGGCCCAGACUCCCCGUCGCCAGACCCGUCUCGUCCGCGUCCUUGACCUUCCCUUCCAGACUCCUCUCCGAUGUGGCCUUGACGACAACGUCGAUGACGUCAGCGGUGAGGAGGAGGAGGAGGAGGAGGAGGACGGGUACGGGCUGGACGACGAGCUGGUGCCGUGGUCGGUGAGCGAGAAGCUUGGGAGGGAGAGGAUGAGGAAACUGGGGAAGAGGACAUUUGCGAAGAUGCAGAGCUCCAAGAGGUCGUCGUUAUUGGUUGUCAGGCCCGGCUGCGUUCGCGGCAAGCAUGGCUUGGGCUUGAAGCACAUUUACUAG